UCGGUUAUAAUAACUGAUAAAGUAGUACCAGUGUCUGUGACGUCAAAAUAUAAACGAGUUUUUCGACUGACAAAGCGAAUUACUUCCGAAAAUUUAUAUCUCAGUUAUCGCGCGUGUUGUUAGUGCAAUUUUCAUCUUCGUUUGUUACGAUAUGUUUUUGUUUUGCUGACGAUAAUAUCAAACCUUUAUUGAUGUUUUGGUUGCCAUUUUGAUGGCAUUUAACAGUCACGGUUUGUGAUUGGUCCGCGUUCGGAAUUUGGAAAACUCAUUGGUCGAAUGUCAGUUGACAAAGUACAUGUGACAUAUCUCUUGCUUUCGUUUGUCUCUGGAUAUUUCGUGAGUUUUAGUGCAAAUUUCGGAAGAUUUUUGUUACUUUAUUGUGUUCAUUAGUGAUCGGAAGUUGUAGUGCAUUGUUACGGAUAACUGUCAUAGCGUGUCAAUCAAGUUUAAUCAACAAAGCCUUGUCGAUUCACGAUGGUGUCCUAACCAAUACACACAUACAUCAUCCUAUUUUUAAACUGAUAUUCAACUAAUCUCAAGGUUUUAAAGUUAUGGGUGAAUAUCAAAGCUAUACUUUGGAACCUGGAAUUACAAUUAAGCAAGAGCCAAAUAACGAAUCUAACAUAAUGAUUUCAGCUUCAGUUCCCAUCCCUGUGAGGAGAGAACCUCCAGAAUAUAAGGAUUAUAAUUUUGACUUUGAUAAUUCGCAGAGUCCUAUAUACAAUAGCUUAGUUUUAACAAAUGACCAGGUAUUGUCCCCAACAAACACAUACGAUAUAUCUAGCAACAUUUGGGGCAGUAGGCUGUCAAGUGAAGAACUGUUAAAGUCUGAAGCUUUGAUUCAUAUGGAUGAAGAUGAUAUAUUCCAGGUCGACAAAGCUGAUCUUAUACAGGGUCCAACUCUAGCUGAAUUAAAUGCAAAUGAUGAGAAUCUACUGGGAGAUUUUAAUUUUGAUGACUUACUUUUACCUAAUGAUACCAGUUACACUAUUUUGGAAAAGAGUACAGGAAACUAUAAUAACUAUUUGAAUAACUACACAAAUAACAAUCAAAUGAUUACCUCUUCGUCUUGCCCCCAAGGUUUAAUGUUUUAUAAGGAUUUAGAUUUACCUUCUGGUGUUAUUACAGGAAACUAUGAUAUUAAUUCAAGGACUCCAGUUUCUGCAUUGUCACCAAGUACUGGCUUGUUAGGUAGUCCAGCCAGUUCAGGUUCCUCUAUAAUAACGUCGCAGUCUUCGCCAAGGCAUAUUCAGAGCCUUCAACCGAGAACGAGCAGUACGUUACAUGAAUUGUUGAUGAAAAGGGAAAAAUACGAGUCAUCUCCAGACAGAUCUCUGCUAGGUCAAUCCGUCCCUGGUCGAAGUACGCCUCAGCAUUCACCCAACAUUAAAAUACCACGAUCAUCUAAUGCUUCAAGACUGUCAUCGUCGGCUCCACAUCUUGGAUUUGAGCAAAUAUGGCAAAGGAGAGAACCUAGAAAGCAUUUGUUGUCCACAAGUUCGCUGGCCGAAUGUGGAUCAACUUCUUCUCUCUCUACAGGAGGCAUUAUGAGUCCUGAUCCGCCAGAUUUUUCCCACGACGAAUACGAUAGCGAGGACGACAGCGACGGAAACUACGGAGACUAUUCAUCCAAUAACAUUUUCCUUCUAGAUUCCGAAGACGAGGAACAAACUAAAUCUAACAAAAAAGAACGCUUUUUCUGGCAGUACAACAUCCAAUCCAAAGGACCUAAAGGACAAAGACUGGUUAUGAAAUCAAAAAUGGAGAACCCGCACGUUCUGAAUGAACCCACAGAUCCUGUUUUUAGUCCAGAAUGCUCAGUAAAAGGGAUCAAACACAGUGGUAAAGCGCGUAAGGGAGACGGCAACGACCUCACACCAAACCCACGGAAACUGUUUACUAUAGGCAAAGAGCUGGACAGGCUUGGACGCAUAAUUAACGACAUGACACCGGUGAGCGAGCUACCUUUCAACGUCAGGCCUACCUCGAGAAAGGAGAAAAACAAACUGGCAUCGAGAGCGUGUCGCUUGAAGAAAAAGGCCCAGCACGAAGCAAACAAGAUCAAGUUGAGCGGAUUAGAGAAUGAGCACAGGCGAUAUUUAAAUACAAUUCAGCAACUAAAACAACUAAUAUCAGUUAAGAUGAAGGAAUCAUCAGAAGCUCAAACAGAAUUGAAUACGAGUAUGGAUAAAAUGGUCAAAGUUUGUACAAAAGGUAAAGUAGCAGGAAGUACCACCGAAUACGUCAACAAAGUAUUAGACAAGGUCAAGGGCGGUAGCACUGUUACUUCAGCGCUAUCCUCCAGCUUAACUGACGACUUAUAGAGAGAGCGUUAAUCGUGGCAACGUAGCAACCCCGAAUCUCUAUAUUCAAAUUUUUCGUGUUGGAUUCAUGCUUGGAGUACAAAUGGAUAUGGUGCUAUUUGUUUCUUUUCCACGACAAAAUAUAUCAAAUGUACAACACUAAAAAAACCGCCUUUUUUGACUGACUAGUGUCUCAGGAUGUUACGAAACAAAUACAAAUUGUUUUUGGCUGUCAUUACACAGUUACAAUAUUUUUACUGUAUUUAUGAAACAAAUACUUUUAAAGAAGUAAUGGCCUAAAGUAAACGAGGGCGGUGUUAUUCAGAAUUAAUUGAAAAAUAAUAUAAAAAUAUCUGGUUUGUAGCCAUAGAUUUAUCAAACUAUAAGAUUAUUCUAUUAUCGUAAAUUUGUCAUAUAUGUUAAAUGUAAAUAGCAGUAUUUUACUUGGCCAUCAUGUUUAUUUCUAUUAUAACAAUCUGCCAAUUAUCCCUGAAAAUAUUAAUAUUUUCAACUAGCAAGCAGCUUAUUUCUGUAAUUUGAAGUAAGUCUCGAAAACUAUUAAUUUACUAUAUGUAUAUUCUAUUUAUUUUAUUAAGGUUAUAUUUUAUAAAGUGGGUUUGUUUAAACUUCAUAAUAGUUUAAUGCAAAAAAAUAUUUCAUUGUAGGUUUAUGGGUGUUAAAAGGUAAAUUGCUUUGAAGCAACAUUUAUUGUCUUUAUUGCAAGAAGUAAGGGUUAGUUGUUCUAAAAACAAUACCAAAACCAACCUCUAAUUCAC